AUGAGCCAGAAACUUGCUCAUGAUUCGGAUUAUGCCCCAAUUGAUGUGGCCGAUCUCGAAAAAGCAGGCCCCAUUAUCCCGAAUGAGCAAGACAUUGAAUCUGCAUCCAAUGCAGAACAUGCAUACUCCAUAUUUGAACGGCGAGAGAAGCUCACUAUUGUAGUUAUAACUGCCUUUACGACCGUGCUUCCCCCUCUUACUGCAAGCAUCUACUACCCUGUUAUCACGAUGCUAGCGCAGGACCUGGAUGUCUCGGUAAAUGACAUCAACCUGACAAUUACAGCGUAUUUGAUCGUCCAAGGUAUUGCCCCAUCAUUGACAGGGAAUCUGUCCGAUGAAACUGGUCGCAGGCCCGCACUCAUCAUAUGCUUUGUCCUUUACAUUGCUGGAAGUAUCGGAGCUGCUGUCAAAGGGAACUAUGCAGUGUUAAUGGCUAUGCGUUGUCUUCAGGCUGCAGGGAUCAGCGGAACUAUGUCUCUGUCAUUAGCAACGGUCUCGGAUAUUGUAACGUCGGCGGAAAGAGGGAAAUACACCUCAUAUGUGCAGAUGGGGUGGAUGGUUGGACCGACGUUUGCACCGGUUAUUGGUGGUAGCUUGAGCCAGUAUCUCGGAUGGAGAUCUAUUUUCUGGUUCCUCACAAUCUUCACGUCAGUCGUGUUUAUUACUCUUCUGAUUUUCCUCCCUGAAACAAGUCGCAAUAUUGUCGGAAAUGGUUCCAUCACCGCCCCGAGAUGGAACAUGUCGCUCCUCACCUACAUCCAAAGCAGGCCAAAACGCCAUGAAAACCAUAUCAACACACCCCCAUCUCAGCCCAACACCCACUCUCGCAAGUUCCACCUAUCAGAACUCAAUCCCCUCCGAUCUGUCAAGCUCUUCUUCACAGACAAAGAAACCUCGAUCCUUCUGUUGUACAGCGGUUCGAUCUACGCAAGCACCUACAUGGUGCUAUCCAGUAUGUCCAGCCAACUCCAAUCCAGAUACAACCUUACAACUCUGCAGGCAAGCCUCUGCUACUUUUCCACUGGCUUCGGAACAAUGGCCUCGGUGCUCCUCAUCGGCCGUCUCCAAGACUGGAACUUCCAUCGCCACGCACAUCUCGCAGGCAUACCCAUAUCCAAAGAUAAACAACAAGACCUAAGCAUCUUCCCCGUCGAGCUCGCUCGCCUUCAACUCGCUCUACCCUCUCUCCUUCUCUCCGGGAUCACAUUGAUAAUCUACACUUGGACACUGCAGAAGCAAACACAUCUCGCUGUGCCAUUGGUAUUUCUAUUCUUUCAGUCUUUUGGGGGAUCUUGUGCGUAUUCGUGUUUUAAUAAUCUGAUCAUGGACUUGAAUCGAGAGAAGCCGGGGACUGCGUCUGCGGCACUGAAUCUUUCGCGAUGCUGGAUGGGGGCCGGGGGUGUGGCUUUUGUGGGUCCGUUGAAUCGGGUCGCUGGGGUCGGGUGGAUGGGUGUUACGAUUGCUGGGGCGUGGCUUGUUUUUAGUCCGUUUGUGGUAUGGGUGGUUAGAUCUGGUCCGAGGUGGAGGGCAGAAAAGGCGUUGAGGGAGGAGCAUUGA